AUGGCGUGGCCAUUUGGAGGGAAGUCGAUGCUGAGUGUGCUAUGUAUGGUUACGGCUUUGAUGAUCGUCGAGUCGUGUAGUCCACUAUUAAAGAACGGGACACUUCCGGCGACGAUUGGCGGGCUAGUUAGUCCGGAUGGUUCGACAGCAACGGCGGUGUUGACGUUGGAUACGAAUACACCAUACGGGCUGGCCGUCAACGACACGGCUGUGGCUCUGCUGCCUAUUAGUGCGCAGCUGCGUCAACUGCAGGACCCAAGGAUUAAAGGGGAUCCGCGGAUCGUUCAGAUUGAUCCCCUCGAGCAGACGAUCCGAAGUUUGCAGGAUCAACUGGUGGAGGCCUGUCAAGAAAAUACCAAGCUAAAAGCCGAGUGCGAAGAGGUGUUGCGGCUUCGCGAUGAGAGUACAACGACCCUCUUACCAAAGACAGGUGACGACAACUCGAGCCUGACCGUCGUUGCUGCGCCUAUCGGCGGGACUUACAUCGGCGGCAUGUUCGGAGUGGUCGUCGGUGUGCUGCUCGUGUUCGCCUUUCUGCUCUACUGCUUGUGCCUCCGCCCGAUCCGGUUCGUCAUCGACGCCGUUCAUUUGAACAGCCUCUACAACAAAUACCAACUGAUC